AUGACGGAUAAUUCUAUCUUGUUCAAAGGGGCUUUACCAACAUCGACAAACAAGACAAUUGCUGCAUCAUCGUUACACAUGGCAAACAGAACAACGCAUGUUCACCAAAAGAGAAAAACACAGCUGUCAUACAACACAAGAAUGACGAAUUUAGUUGAGAAAUAUACAGAAUGGGAUAAUUGGGUCAAUUCGAACGCACCAGAUGGCAGUGGUGAUGACUACGAACCUAUUGAUGAAGUGUUGAAACACUCGCAUCUUUGUUCUUAUCCUAUUAAGAUUGAGUGCCUAACUACUACAGGAUCCAAGGCUGAUGACAUCGGGCAAAUCAUUACCUGUGACCUUUGUAGUGGUUUACAGUGUGUGAAUUAUGACCAGUCUGAUUCCAAAGGAUGUGCUGAUUACAAAGUUAGACUUGCAUGUUUGAAAUUGCCCACUGAAUGUCUUACACCUGUUUCAACAGUACCUCCAGUCCCUGUAGUGACAACAACAAUGAAAUUACCUCAGACGCCAACAGUAAAUACAAACCGUUAG